UCUACCUAUAUUAAGACGAUGACGGAGAGGAAGCGUCCCAUCGUCUCCUGUCAACUACAGAAGGAAACGAGUAGAGACGACAUGGAGCUACAGAGGUCUGAGCUGAUCAGUUGGGUCGAUGAAGAGGAGGAGGAGGAGAAGAUGAUGAUGAUGCAGGUGGAGGACGAGGACUAUGAGAUGUCUGUCUCUCAGGAGAAACAGGACACUCAGGACAGAAACACUCUCUCUGAACAUCCAGUCAGUCUCAAGACGGACAAAUCAGGACGUCCCCUUCUAGAGACUCCAGCUGACCUGCAGAACCUCCUGCUACUCAGGAAGACCAAGAAGCAACAGAAAGCUGCUCUCAAGAAGCCUGCAGAGCCCCCUGCUGUCCAGAGAGUGCCCUUUUAUGUGGACGAAGACGACUUCUUUCAAGCCUGCGACCAGAACCAGCUGCUGGUGACUGACAGAUACCUGUCAACAGGUGGAGACAUCAAUGCCUGUGACACAUUUGAGCGAACAGGUCUCCACAGAUCCAGCUUGAAGGGAAACACAGAGGUCAUCAGCAAAUUGCUGGAGGCUGGAGCUGACGUCCACCGUCGAGACAAGCUGGGCUCCACAUGUGUCCACUCUGCCUGUCGUGGAGGACACCUGUCUGUCCUCAAACUGCUGUUGAGCCACGGAGCUGAUUUCACUGCAACAGACAAGCUGGACAGUACCCCUCUUCAUGUCUCUGUGAGGACUGGACACCUGGACUGUGUUGAAUACCUGAUUGACUGUGGAGCAGAGCUGAACACCCAAGACAAGGAAGGAGACACUCCGCUGCACGACGCCGUUCGUCUCAACAGGUUUAAAAUGAUUCAACUGCUGCUGCUGCACGGCGCUGACACACACACCAGCAACCAGAGUGGACAAUGUCCUCUGGACGAGGUGAAGGACUGGCAGAACGACACAAAGACUCUCCUCACCGAGCAAAACAACACUAAGUGAUGUUUAAAUGUCCAAGUAUCUACUCAUCCACACUACAAUACCCAUGAUCUUCAGCUACCUACAUGUACAAAUACUGCUCCCUUUACUACAACAACUGUAACUAGUGGUCCCCAUACUACUAGAAAGGCAGAGAUGCUACUACUGCUACUACUAUUCACCAUGUAAACAUAAAGUACUAUUACUGCUGGUAUCACACAGUAACAUAAUCAGAUACUACUAGUCACCAGGUAGAGAUACUACUACUACUAGCAGGACUAGACAAGAGAUACCAACUGAUACUUGUUAAUUAUUAACUAAUAGUCUAAAUAAAAUAAAGGUAUAAACACGUUAAUAAUACUGCUCCUGCAGUGACACUCAGUUAAAUUCUUGGCCAGGUAAUUUAAAGCUCACCUAAACCCGUCUGUUCUCUAACUGUUGAUUAUUUUCUGGAUUCCUCUGGCUGACUUCCUGCUUUCUUUUUCUUUUAUUCUUCACUUUGUUGUAUUAGAAAUGUGUUUAAAACAUUAAACAUUAAAAGUUGUGCCUCCUCCUCA